AUGUCUCCCGAAACCUCUCCCGAAACCUCCAGCCUCGACUUCCUCAUUUGCCACUCCCGCUUGGGGGCCGAGAGUUGUUUCACGACCCCCUUCAUCAACACCCAUCAGGAGCAGGAGCAGGACAGCUCCAUUUACUCGACUUCCUUCUCGUCAUGCAGCAGGAGCUCGAGCCAAGGCCGCGCGGGGCGUUUCCGCGCGCUGACACCGGUACAGCUCGCCUUGCGGCGCCUGGCAACAACGGAGAACGCGGAUGUGUUCAGGCCCUCCAAGGCUGACCUCUCCCGGGAGAAAAGCCGCCAGGCGAGUACCACAGCCCCCCACCUGCCCCUCCCAGCCUGGGACAAGAGGUUCAUUGCAGCCCUGGGAGGUGAGGACAUCAGUCUGGGACAGAUUAAGGGACUUGCUCGGGGAGCCAUAGAAGAUCAGAAGCAGCUCUGUGGCCAGAGGAGAGAUAUUGAUGUCUUGGAGCUGUUCCUUUCCCGAAAGGACCUAACAGAUGUCAUUGACCUGGCCAAAUUCCGAAGGUUAAAGCACUUAUGGCUUUCCUUCAACAAGCUCCAAGAUAUCACAUUUCUGCUAAGAAAUCCUUGUCUAGCAGAACUUUACCUGGACCACAACAGCCUUUAUGCGAUAGAAGGCCUUCGGCACUUGGUCUCCCUGAAUGUCCUCAUGCUGCACAACAACCAGCUGAAGAAUCUUGAUGCUGUUGUAGAUGAAUUGAAGCUGAUGAACAACCUGAAGACACUAAAUCUAUAUCACAAUCCUUUAUCCCAGGAUGCAAGGCAAUAUCGCUUGUAUACAGUUUAUCAUCUGCCGUCCCUGUGGCUACUUGACAGGAAAGAAAUUAAGGGAGAAGAAAGAAAUACAGCUUUCCAUUUGUUUAAUCACGAAAGGUCUCGGGUGCUUCAAAAUUUGGCAUUUGGCAGGAGAGCGGAGAAGGGGAUGUAUGUUGGGCCCUACAAGCCCUGCCUCACCGUACCUACAGAAAUCGUAUGGUCUAAAGCAUACAUCAACAGGAACUUGUUUCACGAUAAAGAAGAUGCUGUUUUUGUGAGGUCAUUGAAGAGAUCUGUGACCCAGUUCAGCUUUUUGGAUUGGACCUUGGUCCCCACUAGAGUGGAGCGUCACAGUGAUGAUAAAGCCGAAAGGCCCGUUGAAUUGGCCACAGUCAGGAUCAGAUAAUGGCUGUGCACUUUCCCCAGAGCUUUGGGGUGGGAUGGGGGGUGGGGAUGGGGGAUGGGGUCUUCUGUUCAACUUCUCUAUGAGUUUGGUUUUCAGAAAUUAGACUUAAUUAACUUUGGAUGCAUUGGAAUGGAUGUUGUGUGCAGAUUCUCGUCCGGGGCGCUAUGGGAAGUGGGCACGAUACCAAGGCAGACCGAGUCCUUGCUCAGUCCCAAAGAACUCACGUUCUCUAGUUCUUAAUCGAUGUUCCCAUGACACUGGUGUUUCUACAUGACUGAGGUUAAAGCUGAGGAAAUAAAUUUGGCCAAGGUGAGAGAGGAAGCCAUAGAUUCUGCAGGGGUCGGGAAGGUACCGCCUAAGGUUUUCUUGCAGGAAGCAUUCACCUGGGUCAAGGUCGGGGUCCGAAAGAAAUGGCCAGGCACUGAUGGAUGUAGGGACCACAGGCUAAUUGACUAGAGGUGGAAGGUACCUGAGGAGCCAACAAAGUCCAUCUCCACACUUUACAGAUUGGGAAACUGAGUCUCGGAGGCAAGAAGAGACGUCUCCAAGAUCACACCUUUAGUGUCCAAGGUGGGUUCUGAGCCAGGUCUUCCUGAGUGCUCCGUCCACUACAAAACCCUGCUACCUCCAGACCGGUAGCCCAGUCAGCUGAGGUCACUUUGGAGCUUUCUCUAGAAGGGUCUGAUCUUGGAUUUAGGGGGCUGGCUGGAGGCGAACCCCAGAACUUAGAGGGACAGAUGCAAAGUAAAUCUAAUAAUGAGCUUGGGUACACCCAAGGUGCAGGGAGAGGGAGGCUGAUGACUGAGCAAUUUUGCUUCAUCUCAACUCGAUUCACUUGCAAGUCCCCUGUGAGUCCCUGGUCCUCUUCAAAAAUGGAUGGAAACAUUAGCUAUGCCAGGCCCACACCUGGUAACUGCUCGAGGAUCCUGGGAAGGCAGAGGCAAGACUUGUUUGUACCUUUCAGGGAAGGGGAGAAGGGAACCCCGCGUGAUCUCGAGGGAAACUGGAAGUUCUAGAGAAGUCGAGAGACUCUAGAGAAUCCAAUUCAAAUGAGCUCAAGUACAACACCAGCUGACCAGGUUACCCAGGCUGCUCUUGGAGACUUCCAAGCAAGGGUCUUUGCCAUCUCCCUGGGCAGCUCCCUUAGACCCUUUGCCCUGAUGUCCCACCUAAAUCCCUGAUUGUAGCUUCCAGCCACUGGCCGUGGUCCUGAAUUCUGGGGCCAAAUCUGCUCCCUCCUCCACAGGACAGCUCUUCAGGUAUUCGUCUCCCCCCCAACCCUUCUUUUCAAAACUAAACCUCCCCGAGUCCCCAACUAAUGUCUCAGACGUGAGACCCUUCACCAGGUCCUCUAGUUUAGAGCAAUUCAAAGUUCAGGGGGCCCUGAAGAGCAGCAUUAAACCAGAAGUUACCUUAGGGAACCGGAAACUGGUUCAGAAAGCUGGCCAGAGUGGGAGGGGGGAGAACACUGAGACGUGAUGAGGCCGGGGGUGGGUUUUCUGGGUAUUUGGUCACAAACACCAACUGAGAAUCCGCAGACAUUCUGGGAUCCAUGUGUGUCAGGCGCAGCAAAGCUCCAGGCCCAGGAACCCUGCUCCCACGCCAGAUUUAUGGGGCUGGAGGAGACUCGGCCCUUUCCCUUGGUGAGGAGAGGCCUUCCCCACCCGACAGACCUAGAAAAGCUUCCCACCAGGACCCUCCUCACCGGCCGGCCCUGCCUCCUCCCCUGUGUCAGAAUGGGCGG